UAGGCAAGUAAAGGUGAUUGUCGUAAAGUAACGGUUGAUGUUGAGAUAUUACUGAUACUCUUCCAGCACUGAAGGCUCUUUCGGACAGGCUACAGCGUACCUGCUUCCGCAGCUGCCUGGCUUUUUCUAAACCAGUUAUUCGAGUUUCUAGGUGAUUUCCUUCCCACUUCAGUUUUGUCCCGGUACGGUGGCCGAAGAGGCUCGUGUGAGGCGGAAGUACCGGAGUGUGGGUGUGAGCAACCGGGCCUGAGGUGCACGUGGCGCCGGUAGGAGCGAGCAUGUCUUUUCGAGGCGGAGGUCGCGGAGGAUUUAAUCGAGGUGGCGGCUUCGGUCGCGGCGGCAGCAGCAACAACCACUUCCGAGGUGGAGGCGGCGGCAAUUUCAGAGGCGGCAGCGGCAGAGGAGGAUUUGGACGAGGGGGCGGCCGCGGAGGCUUUAACAAAGGCCAAGAUCAAGGACCUCCAGAACAAGUAGUUUUAUUAGGAGAGUUCCUGCAUCCUUGUGAAGAUGACAUAGUGUGUAAAUGUACCACAGAUGAAAAUAAAGUACCUUAUUUCAAUGCUCCAGUUUAUUUAGAAAACAAAGAACAAAUUGGAAAAGUGGAUGAAAUAUUUGGACAGCUUAGAGAUUUUUAUUUUUCAGUUAAAUUAUCAGAGAACAUGAAAGCAUCUUCCUUUAAAAAACUACAGAAGUUUUAUAUAGACCCAUAUAAGCUGCUGCCGUUGCAGAGGUUUCUACCUCGACCUCCUGGUGAAAAGGGACCUCCAAGGGGCGGUGGCAGGGGAGGUCAAGGAGGAGGAAGAGGCAGAGGUGGCAGAGGUGGUAGAGGUGGUGGUGCUAGUGGUAAAGAAUCCACCUGCCAAUACAGGAGACAUAAGAGACGUGGGUUCGAUCCCUGGGUUAGGAAGAUCCCUUGGAGGAGGGCACGCCAACCCAUUACAGUAUUCUUGCCUGGAGAAUCCGAUAGACAGAGGGGCCUGGUGGGCUACAGUCCAUUGGGUCACAAAGAGUCGGACGUGACUGAAGCAACUUAGCAGGCAUGGUAGUACUCCCAGAACCAAACCACCCAUGUCUGCUACUUUUUGUUCUUAGGAUUAAGAAGCCUUAGUGCAGUUUAGAAAGUGUAUACCCUAAGCAAAAGUUGAGGUACUCAUACAUUUAACAAUAGGGCUAAACUGAACUUUAAAGUAACAAGCUUUUCUAAUGUAUUAAAACUUGUUUAAAAAGUUGUAACCUAGGAUUUUACCUUUCUGUUGGUUUGAGAAACUACUACUGUUUCUCCAUUUUUAUCUUUUAGAAAAUUCUGUGAGAUAAAAUAUGUGAAUAUAUGUUAGGUUGGUGCAGAAAUAAUUGCAGUUUUGCAUUGUUGAACUUUGCCCUUUGAUAUUAGAAUACAUUCUUAAAUAAAUAUGAUUAUAUUAUACCUCAUUUUAAUGCACAUUUCUUGCUUUAUAUUUUUUGCUAAUGACAUUAGCAAUAAAAAUAUGAACAUCAUGGCAUCCGGUCCUAUCACUUCAUGACAAAUAGGUGGGGAAAAUGUGGAAACUGUCAGAUGUCAUUUUCUUGGGCUCCAAAAUCUGUGCAGACGGUGACUGCAGCCACGAAAUUAAAAGACACUUGCUCCUUGGAAGGAAAGUUGUGACAAACCUAGACAGUGUUUGAAAAAGCAGAGACAUUACUUUGCCGAUAAAAGUCCGUCUAGUCAAAGCUGUGGUUUCUCCAGUGGUCAUGUAUGAAUGUAAGAGUUGGACCAUAAAGAAAGCUGAGUGUCAAAGAACUGGUGCUUUAAAUUGCGGUGCUCUUGAGAAGACUCUUGAGAAUCCUUUAAACUGCAAGAGCUGAAAUCAGUCAAUUCUAAAGGAAAUCAGUCCUGAAUAUUCAUUGGAAGGACUGGUGCUGAAGUUGAAGCUCCAGUAUUUUGGCCCCCUGAUGUGAAGAGCUGACUCAUUGGAAAAGACCCUGAUGCUGGGAGAGAUUGAAGGCAAGAGGAGAAGGGGCCACAGAGGAUGAAAUGGUUGGAUGGCAUCACUGACUCAAUGGACAUGUUUGAGAAAACUCUGGGAGAUAGUGAAGGACAGGGAAGCUUGGUGUGCUGCAUGCAGUUCAUGGGGUCACAGAGAGUCAGACACAAUGUAGUGAUUGAACAACAACAACAAUGACAUAUUACUUGCUGUUUAUUUUAUAUGUAUUUUAGACUAUGGAAAUGAUGUUAGACAAAAAGCAAAAUUGAGCAGUUUUCUUAUUCGAGUUCAAAAUGGGUCAUAAAGCAGUGGAGAUAACUUGUAACAUCAAGAACUCAUUUGGCCCAGGAAUUGCUAGCGAACGUACAGUUCAUUGGUGGUUCAAGAAGUUUUGCAAAGGAAACGAGAGCCUUGAAGAUGAGGAGUGCAGAGGCUGGCCACCGGAAAGUGACUCCAAGCCGUUAAGAACCACAUUAAAGUUGAUCCUCUUAAAACUACAUGAGAAGUUGCCUAAGAACUUACCAUUGACCAUUCUAUGGUUGUUUGACAUUUGAAGCAAAUUGGAAAGGUGAAAAAGGUUGACAAGAGGGUGCCUCAUGAGCUGACUGCAAAUUAAAAAAAAAUCAUUUCAGUGUGUCGUCCUCUUAUUCUCUGUAAAAACAAUGAGCCAUUUCUUGAUUGAAUUGUGACCUGCAGCAAAAAUUGGAUUUUAUAUGACACCAGCGAUGACCAGCUCAGUGAUUGGACUGAGAAGAGACUCUAAAAUACUUCCCUAAGCCAAACUUGCACCAAAAAAAGGGUUGUGGUCACUGUUGGGUGGUCUGCUGCCAGUCUUCUGAUCCACUAUAGCUUUCUGAAUCCUGGUGAAACCAUUACAUCUGAGAAGUAUCCUCAGCAAAUUGAUGAGAUGCACCGAAAACUGCAGUGCCUGCAGCCAUAUCAAUAGAAUGGGCCCUAUUCUUUCCUGUGACAAUACUUGACCUAAUGUCGAACAGCCAACGCUUCAAAACUUGAACAAAUUGGACUGUGAAGUUUUGCCUCAUUUGCUGAAUUCAUCUGACCUCUUGCCUAAUUCAUCUGACCUCUUGGCAAACGACUACAACUUCUUCAAGCAUCUUGACAACUUUUUGCAGGGAAGAAGUUUCCACAACCAGAAGGAUACAGAAAAUGCUCUCCAAGAGUUCGUUGAAUCCCAUGGCAUGAGUUUUUAUGUUAUAGGAAUAAACAAACAUAUCUCUCGUUGGCAAAAGGGUGUUGGUUGUAAUGCUUCCUAUUUUGAUUAAGGAAGUGCUUGAGCCUAGUUAUAAUUUAAAAUUCAGGGUCUGAAACUGCAGUGACUUUUGUAACAACCUAACACUAUUCUUUAUAAUUGUAAGAAAUAUAUUGAUGUUUAUAGGCUUACCAAAAUGUG